AUGGCCCGACGCGCAGCCGUUCGCGCCCCAACUGCUGCAAGCCUCCACGACAGUCUCCUUAUUCCCUCCACAACCCUUUCGCUCGUAAAGACACUUGGAAGGCUAUCCCGAUCCUCGUUGCUCGACCUGGUCCUCCAAUGGCUACAUGACAAGAAUGUCAAGUCAUUUCCCCCGUACCUUGGCCCACACAGCGUGGCCAAUUUCCAAGUGCACGAGGAAGAGUUCAACUCCUACCCUCCAGCCAACUCUGUUGAGGAAUUGAGGGGUAUAUAUGAGGAUCUUCGGGACCGAAAGGGCGGGAAGAGGGAAGUGAUUGACCGCAUACUUGAGGGGGAUUGGAGACAUGGUAUAUCGCUCCGUCAGCUUGCUAUGGUGGACAUGCGAUAUAUUGAGGAUCACCCUGUCGGACAACGAUGGACAGCCCUGCAAUUAGUCCCCGUCAAUGCUGAAUCUCCUCAGUCAAUACCAGGUGGAGAUAUUUCAACAUCUCUCCCCCAAUUCCACGCGUCGACGUUCCUCAGAUCCAUACAGCGCGAAAUAUCCCCGCUAGUAAAAGCUCAUUACCAUCUAUACCGUUCAAAGACACUUCCAUUGACAUUCGUGCGCAUUUUCGUCAUCGACUCCCCAUACCAACGACCACGACAGUCCCCAUAUGUCUUCACGGACUCGUCGAGAAUAAUAUAUCUCGCGUUCCCUGAUAGUACUCCGUAUAUAUAUUCUUCCCAUCUCUCCUACUCAUCCCUUGCGGACACCAAGACUCCUUCCGCGACAUUAUCUAAUACCUUGACUACGGAUACACGCACCCUUCGCAGAUUCGUCAAGGAUGCGAUACCAAAUGCACUCUCUCGACCCCAGCAACGGUAUAACCUCAAACCAACUUCCCUGACCUCCAAGAGCCUUCACACCCUUCUCUCCCUGCGUGGGCCAGGUAGAACGAACGCUGCCAACGGCGCAUUUACCGUCUUUGCCGAUGCGGUGAUUGAGGGCCGUCCGCUUGAUCCACGUCUGCCGCAAUCUCUUGCUCCAGGAAACUAUGACAAUGUCCAAGAAUACGCUGAAAGCAGGAAGGAAAAUAUACCGUUUCCACAGCUUGGUAAAUUGGAUAAUGCACAUACUCCCCCCGGAAAGAAAAAGACACCAUUCCAAGAAUCAACAACAACAGAUCCAGAGGCCGAACAGAUAGCAAAGAAGAGGAAAUUGGCUGUCAAUUCUCGAUUCGGGACCGCUGGUAAACAACAAAUGACAAUACUCCCCAUCCCCCAAAUUACGAAACCAAAUAGCGAACCUCAAAUACCUGUUUCUGUCCUACUCCCAGUCCCAGCUCUUGACCGUCUAGAAAUUCAUCUCCAAGAUCCUCCCGUCCCUUCCAACUCGCAUGACGAGGAUGGCGAAGGAGACGACGAGGAAGACGGCGGCAUUGAGGAUAAGCCGUCAACCCUCUCUCUGACCUUUUCUGGUUCCAAUGUCAUCGCCGGCCUCCGUCAACUGGCGGAGCUAGACGUGGUUGACCCCGCGCGAAUGCCGAGUUGGAUGACGGGUGAGGACGCUGUGAGCGUGGCGGUUGUGAAGGCGGGUAGGAGGUGUAGGAGUAGGGAAGGGGGUUAG